CUAGCUGGCUUGCCUUUUGCAAUUCUCAGUUCAAGACGUAUACCCUUCCAGAGAGGAGUUUUCUGUAGUGAUGAAUCCAUCCGGUAUCCAUACAAAGAGGACACCAUUUCUUAUAAAUUGUUAGCAGGAAUACUUAUUCCUUUCAGUAUAAUUGUUAUAAUCCUAGGAGAGACACUCUCUGUCUUUUGUAACCAUUUGCACUCAAACUCAUUUGUCAGAAAUAACUACCUAGCCACUAUUUACAAAGCCAUUGGGACCUUCAUUUUUGGAGCAGCUGCUAGCCAGUCGUUGACAGACAUUGCCAAGUACUCCAUAGGUAGACUGCGUCCUCACUUCCUUGCUGUGUGCCAGCCCGACUGGGCACGGAUCAACUGCAGUCUAGGUUACAUUGAGAAUUUCUCGUGUCAAGGAGACAAAGCAAAAAUUAACGAGGGAAGGUGA